UGCAGUCAGCCUGAAUUUUUUCCACUAUGGCCGCUACAACACGAAAACGAGAACCGCUCAUAUGGAAGAGCUGCCUCUUUGAACGUAAUGACGAUGAUCCCUUCAGCCAUCUCAAGAUACAAUCAGCACACUACUUGGAUGACAUCAGUGAACGUGGAGUUUGUCCGGAAUGCUACAAGUCGCGCAUGUAUUUCUGCUAUAGUUGCUUCAAGGCUGUCGACACUGUCAAUGACAGGGUGCCUCAACUGAGACUCCCUUUGCACAUCGACAUAAUUAAGCAUGCCGGCGAAGUUGACGGAAAAAGUACCGCAGCUCACCUUGCCAUACUAGCACCACAAGAUGUCAGCGUAUACACAUACCCAAAUAUUCCAGACUACAGAGGGAAGAAUGUGUUGUUGUUGUUUCCUGGAGAGAAUGCCCAAUCCUUGGAGCAACACUGGCAACAAGCUCAAGCCGUCGUGACUGCCCGUAGAGGCCUGUGUCACAUGUGCAAGGGUCUGCAUCAAGGUCUGCCAUGGCAUAACCUCAUCUUGAUUGACAGCACUUGGCGUCAGACUAAGAGGAUAUACUUGGAUGAAAGAAUGGAAGGGCUGCCGUGUGCAGUUCUAGAGGGAGGUCAGUCUGCAUUCUGGCGUCCGCAAAGGGGGAAGCCCUCCAGUUGGCUGGCUACGGUAGAAGCUGCUCAUUUGGCAUUGUCGAGGCUCCUCGAGCUUCAAGGUUGCGAAGCCCACGUAGACGACUUGCUUUUCUUCUUCAAGUAUUUCUACAAGAAGAUCCGCACAAAAUAUAAGGACUUUGGACUCCUGGAAUAGCAAAGCUUGAGUGACAUUUCAUCACAUGCUCACCACUGUUAUUAAAACUCAGUCGUGUUA